AACUUUUCAAGCGUUGAAGUUGGCGUCGAAUAUCUGUGGGUUCGGCGAGGUGCAUCACUCGAGACAACGUCACCGUUCUCGUUCGAACGUCACGUUUGGGGUAAUGCCGUGGUUUUGGGUGCUGCUUUAGCACAGUUCUCGCAUUCCACGACACAGAAACUGCAAGUACAACUGGACGAAUGUCAUUUUGAGUAUGAGGAUGAACUGGCGCAACAGGUCGCGAUUGGCUUACGUUUCAUUUCGUUUUUUGAGUUUGUUGCUGAGAAUAUUGUGACGAGGAAAUUAAAUAUAACUUCAUUCAUUUGUGCUCUAUUGCCAUCGAAAGAAGGGUCGUCACUGAACAGAAAAGAUUCGUGGAAGAACGUUCCAAACACAUCACCACAACGAAACACGGAAUUUAUCGUUCAGAUUUCAGCGAAAAAAUUGGCUGUGUUUUUGACGGCUCGUCAAGCGUCGUACGUAGUGGUAGCAGUGGAUCAUGCACGAUUAGACGCUAUGCCGGGU